AUGGCUCACCAAGGCAUGACAGUACUGGUGACUGGAGGUGCAGGUGGACUCGGCAGGGCCAUUGCAGAGAACUUUGUAGACCUUGGAGCGAAUGUGGUUGUCUGCGAUAUCAACAAGGACCUGCUCGCUGACUUCAACGACAAAGUUGUCGCUGCGAGUGCAGAUCGAGUGCUCGCUAUUAACUGCAACAUCACUUCUGAAGAUGCUCUAGAUGAUCUCUUCUCGCAAGCCGAGUCCAAAUUCGGCCCAUUCGACUACGUGGUCAACUCUGCUGGCGCCGCCGAUAAAUUUGAUGCAGCCGGCUCGCUUGAGCGCAACGAUUGGGACCGUAUAAUAUCGCUCAACCUGACGGCUCCGACGUUCAUCACGAAGCGAGCGGUGAACGGCUUUCUCAAAGCUGACAAGAAAGGCUCAAUCGUCAACAUCGCUUCUGUCGCCAGCUUCAAAGGAUUCGCCAAUGGUGCUGCUUACACUGCCUCAAAGCACGGCCUGAUCGGGUUGACAAAGAACACCGCCGCCUUUUACCGGUUGAAGGGUAUUCGAUGCAACGCCAUUUGCGCUGGUGCCAUGCAGACCAAUAUCGGAAGUAACCUCGCUAACGGCUUCAAUAUGGACGGCAUGAUGCUCAUGAAGCAAACCUUCGGAGAAUGGGAAGGUGGGUUUGCCGAUAUCAAGAAGAUGGCCAAGCUCGUGGCGUUCCUGUGUUCAGACGAUGCUGAGAUGGUUAACGGAGCCAUGGUGAACGCAGAUGGGGGAAUCACAGCUGCAUGA